AUGGCUUCGGGACCAUCCGACGGUUUGGAAGACUCCUUUGGCAGUUUGAAACUGCAUCACGUAACAAAUGGCACGCGAAGCCCAUCAAAGACCACCGGUCAAUCCGCUGGCAGUCCGCCUUUCAUCCCAGCGAAGACGGUGUUGCCGAAUGAGUCUGGCCUACCCGCAAAGGUCAUCCUUUCAACUGGCGAUGUCUUAGUGGAAUAUGUGUGCCCCAACAAUAUUUCCAAUACGUCGCGUGAGAACGAAGGCUGUCGUUGGCAAGUCUCCAGUGAAGACCUGACCAAGAACAGCCCCUAUUUCCGUGCACUGCUCGAUCCCCUCAAGUUCUAUGAGGGCCGACAGUUCUCGCACCAGAAGUCCAUCAGACAAGAAUCAACGGCUGCCACAAGGGACGCUAGGAAAGACCAUCCAGACGAAUCUGACUCGAAUGAUGGUUUCAGUUCGCUGCCAAUCAUCAAGCUACCCAGUGAACAUUUUUCUCCGGAGCUUGGUAUAGAUGCCAUUGAAACAUUCCUCAAAAUCCUGACCUUCAAUUCAUUCAUACACGAAGAGCAGGAAAACUUCAACGCAGAACUGAGACUCAAGCCUCCAUACCUCGUCGCCCGACUCAUAGAGCUAGCCGAUGCAUUCAACUCUUCAGACGUUGUGCGAGAAGCUCUCACAAGAUGUGCCUAUUCUUUCGGCAAAAGCAAAUCCCCGCCAUGGAAAUUCGACACAUCCAUCCUCAAACAAAGCGAGGAUAGAAUCCGGCAGACAAUAUAUAUCUCUCGCUUCACGGAUGAGCGGAUUGUCUUUCAAGUCUUUUCGCAUGCCCUGGUCCUCCUCGGAUCUAGAUUCUGGGCCAACGGCCUCGACACACCUCGCUCCACGACCUUUCGCUGGAGACAUCUUCCCGACGGACUGGAAGAAGAACUAUACUACAGACGACAAUGCGUCCUGAACACCAUCACCGACCUACAAGCAUCCUUCCUCCGCGCAUACGGAGCCCUAGACACCACCGACACCACAAAACCGCCGCCCACAUCUCACACGACCACCAUCACCACCGUCCCAACCCGCCACUACCAAUGCCGCUGCGGCUUGGGCAACGCCAGCGCCUGCGACGCCUUCCACCUCGGCCAAAUGACCCGCUUCUUUGCCCUCCGCACCAGGACCAUUUUCCUCGGAUCCACCCUGAUCGAUCCCGACUUCAACCCAGACGCCGAUAGCGACAGCGACGGCGGCAGUGACGACGGCCAUGACGCCCGUGGCCAGCCGCUCCCCAGCGCACCGCCCAGCGACAUCACCGCCCUCAUCUCUUCUCUCAAACAGUUCCCCGACUACCAGAUCGACACGCACCACACCGGCUGCGGCGUCAGACGGCGGUUUCUGCCACCGCUGGACUGCAUCGAGCGGUUUGUCGGCGACAGCAGAGGACUGCUGGGUGUCGAUCUGCGGUCGUGGGAUGCUGCACAGUGGCCCCUGGCGUCGGGGUCGUGGGCUAAUCGGGCUGUCCGGCGGGCCUUGGUGGUCGACAUCCACUUUUCGAGGAUUAAUGCCAUUCACCGCAUGACGCCGGGCGCAUCGCGUCCGGAUUCGCCCGAGGAAAAUGCCCGGUUGUUGUUUACAGCUAAGAGAAGGAAUUGGGAGGCUUGA